CACGAUCACGAAUGUAUUGUUGGUUGCAUGCCACACUUGACGUUUCUGGAAUAUUUCAUUAGUUAAAAUCGUGUGUGAUGUUUAAAUAAUAAAAUGGAAUUCUACGACAAAGUUAAGAGAUUUUUGGGGUUUUCCUCACGACAGGAGAGCCCCCAAUUCGACGAACGAGACAGGAGUUGGCCUGAGCCCCCAAGUAGAGAUGAGGGAUUUGGGGCGCCGUUCCAAAGUUUUAGCAUGUUUAGCGACCCCUUUGAGAUGCACAAAUAUUUCGAGCAACAAAUGAGCGAAAUGUUGCGCAAUUUUGGUUUUCAUGAGUUUGGGGAUGGUUUUAACCACAGUUUUGACUUGCCACAGCUUGAAAUUGAGGAAAUCCCUGAUGACGAAGGCGCGCCAAAAUCUGGGACUUUAAGGGAUCAAUUCCUCAAACCUGGGUUUGAGAAACCCAAGGAGAGAAUUGAAGAGAAAAGAGAUGAAGACAUUGACGGCAGGUUGGAUAUAAGGGAUUGGGGAUCGGUUUUUAAGGGUGAAAAUUCUCAAACGCCAGUACCGAGGACACGCUUUUUUGGCCAAAGUGUUACCUCCAAAACUGUUAGGAAUCCAGAUGGGUCUAUUGAAACGCAUCAUACUGUGAGGGAUAACGAGGGUAAUGAAGAAACGACCAUCACGCGAAAAGUAGCUGAUAAAGAAUAUACCAUUACAAAACGUAGAGAUAAAGAAGGUAAAGAAGAAAUUAUUGAAAAUCUGGUAAACUUAGAUGAGAAUGAGAAGGAUAAAUUUUUCCCGCAACAAAGGAAACUUCCGGAAUUGGGUAACAAACCUUGGCCGUUUUUUGACCAGUUUUUUAAAUAAUUGAAUUGUAAAGUAUGAAAAUAGAAAAAUUUAUUUAUUGAUAUAUUCUGGACACGUAAGCAAGCAUUAAAAACAGAAACGUUGUUGAGGUCGUUUUAAGAAAUAAAACAACUUGUUUUACUUGUAAUAAUUUAAUAAUUCGCUUCGCAUAUUUAUAUACAUUUCCUCACUUUACAAUAUUCUACAAGUGAUUAUAAAGUAAACAGGUUGUAAAUGAAAUUUCAAGCCAGUUCGGUUCCAGUCAGUGUAUACUUUGGUUAAAAAUAAAAUUAAAAAAAUAAUUAUGA